CCGCGGGGCAGCGGGGAGCCGAGGAGCCAGCCGCCCGCGGAGCCGGGACCCCCUCCCGCACUUCUCUCCGACGAUGCCGGACGAAGCCACGGAAAACGCCGGCUCCACCUCCGCCCGCGUCUCGUCCUUCUUCAUCGAGGACCUGCUGGGCAGCGAGGGCACGGCGGGCGGCGGGGCGCGGCGGGCGGCGGGCGGCGGGCGCGGGGGUCCGCGCUGCGGGCCGCACUCCCCGCUGCGCAUCGGCGCCCCGGGCUGCCCCCUCCGCGACGCCGCCGUCGGCUGGUACCGCCGGGCACACGCCGCCUUCCUGGGCUGCGCCAGCCCCGACACCAGCGACCGGGACUCUCCCGAGCUGCCCGAGGAGCCGGCGGAGCGGGCGGGCGGCGGCGGGCAGGCGGCGGCCAGAGCCCCGGCGGGCGGGCGGCCGGGGCCGGGCGGCCGCGAGGAGGAGGAGGAGCGCGGCGAGGAGCCGGGAGAGCCGGAGCAACGCGCCGCCGGCCGCAAGAAGAAGACGCGCACGGUGUUCAGCCGCAGCCAGGUGUUCCAGCUGGAGUCCACCUUCGACGUGAAGCGCUACCUGAGCAGCUCCGAGCGGGCCGGGCUGGCCGCCUCGCUGCACCUCACCGAGACCCAGGUGAAGAUCUGGUUCCAGAACCGCCGCAACAAGUGGAAGCGGCAGCUGGCCGCAGACCUGGAAGCGGCCAACCUCUCCCACGCCGCCCAAAGGAUAGUGCGGGUCCCCAUUUUGUACCACGAGAACUCGCCGGCGAGCGCCUUGGGCUUCACCCUGCCGCACAUGUCGCCCCCCUUGGUGGGCUUCUCCAGCGGCGUCAGCUAUCCCCUGGGCACCUUCCCCGCCGCCUCCCUCCCUUUCCUACGGUCGCAGAUGACAGGACUCGUCUGAGCGCCCACCUCUGCCGGGACAGCGGCCCCCUCGCCCCCUCCCUCGGCUUCCAGCUCCACCCCCAGUUCCUACACGGACUUUUUAUUUUCAACUUACACGUUUCUUGAUUUUCUGCUUUUUGACUUUUUUUU